CAGCCAUCAACAUGGCUCAGUGUAGUGAAGAUAUCAACAAGAUUCGACAGUUUGUAGCAAAAGUUAAAAACUUUUCCUCGCAAUACAAUUCCAGCAGUUGGUCUGCCAACACUGUAGUUGGACCUCCGAGAGUGUACCCACAACAUGGAGACCUCCACGGGGCCUGGGCAAGCAAGGAUAUUGAUGCCAAUCAGUUUGUUGAGGUCCAGUAUCAUGAAAAAGUUUAUCUGACUGAGGUCAAUAUUUAUGAGACUUACCAUUCAGGAGGCACAAAGAGGGUCAAAGUAAAAAAUCCUUCAGGAAAAUGGGAGACAAUUUAUCAGGCCAACCAUGUAACAUGUAUGAAGAAAAGCAGGAUUUUUUCUCCACCUAUUCAGAAACCUGCCUAUCAAGUAGAUGAAUUAAGAAUUGAAGUAGACUGCACCGCAGCUGGAACUUGGGUGGAGAUUGAUGCUGUUGAGAUGGUCGGUACCAAAUUUAAUUUUGAUUUGCCAGAGAUGCCAGCACAGUUGUCCAAAGAUAUGGGUCAGCUGGUCAAUUCUGACCUAUUUAGUGAUGUCAAGUUUUCUGUGGAUGGUAGAAUAUUCCAUGGUCACAAGGCUAUACUGACUGUCCGUUCAGACUUCUUCAGGGCCAUGUUCUGUGACCAAAUGAGGGAGAGUAGAGCAAAUGAGCCAAUAGAACUGAAGGAUGUUAGUGCGGAUGCUUUUGCAAUAAUUCUGCAUUUUAUUUACACCAAUGAGAUUGACCAGAAUUCUGACUGCCUUCUACUGCUAGAAAUAUGGAGAGUUGCUGACCAGUUCUGUCUUGAUGGCCUGAAGUCAAUAGCUUUCAUCAACCUUUGCUCCAACCUCAAUACGGAGAAUGUGGUGGACAUUUACGUAGAGGCCUCAACUAAACUCCCCAUGAUAGAGGAUUUGAUGACUGCAGCCAUGGGAUUUAUGAGAUCAAAAAUGGAUGAGGUUGUCCGACAGCCAAACUUCACAUCUCUACCCAAAGAUGUAAUGGUGGAUAUCAUCCAACACAUGACAGAGAAGAUGUCCAUCUCCGAUUCCAAAUAAAAGGAAACAGCCAUUUUAUUCAUCACAUGACUAGAGAGAACAAGGAAAAUAGGAUUCACCUUAUCAUGUGGAAAUGCACAGGUGUUGGUUUAGGUGGAAUCAAGUGUACUGGUGAAUAUACGUAAGCUAUUUUCAGUGAAAAUUGCCAUUUAUAUACAAUGUAUAAGUAUGUACACAAUGCAAGUUUCCAU